UCCAGCAGAUGUCAGCAGAGCACCGGUCCUGUCGCCCCAUCAGGCUGUUUGUUUCAAUCGGAACUCUUCCAGGUUCUGUGUCUUUAAAGCCCGGAUCUCUUCUGCUGUGGUUCGGUUGCCGGUGGCCAGAUCAGUGCUGGGAACCAGGACCCGGAGCCUCCGCUCUGUGUGUGCGGCUGAUCCGUGUAACGGGUGACCUAUGUGGGGGAGGCUUUUGUUUUCAACCCGUCUACAGGAUCACUUUCACCGGAGGAUGUCAGGAAGAGCCGCGGCUGUGCUGCUGCACGGAUAGCGGAGACACGCCUCACAGGAGCCCGAUAUUGACAUGAAGAAAGACAUCGAGACUCUGAUAGCUGAGGAACGAGCUGACAUCAUCCUAAAAUAUGCUACAGGCAGGCAGGGCAGCGUGGAGAUCGAUCCGUGGGAAGAUGCUGAUUACAGCAUCUAUAAAGCCAUCGACCGCUUCGGCUUCAUGCAUGAGAAUGAGUUGCCGGCCCCAACUGUGCAAGAGGAGAAGUGGAAACAGCUGGAGAUCGAGAGAGCGGAGAAAUGGCUGAAGAUGGUGAAUAAAUGGGACAAAUAUAAGAACAGUGACAAGAUGGUCAAACGGGUGUAUAAAGGCAUCCCCCUGCAGCUCAGAGGCCGGGCCUGGACGCUGAUGCUGGACGUGGAGCGAACCAAACGGGAAAAUGAGGGAAAAUAUGAGAAAAUGAAGGAACAGGCCCGGCUGUGCUCCUCAGAGAUCAAACAGAUCGACCUGGACAUCAACAGGACCUUUAGAAACCACAUCAUGUUCAUGGACCGCUUCGGGGUCAAGCAGCAGUCUCUCUUCCAUGUCCUCUCUGCAUAUUCAGUUUACAACACGGAGGUGAGCUACUGCCAGGGCAUGAGUCAGAUCGCCGCCCUGCUGCUGAUGUACAUGAACGAGGAAGACGCCUUCUGGGCCCUGUCGCAGCUGCUGACUGACGAAAGGCACGGCAUGCACGGGUUUUUUGUUCCUGGGUUCCCCAAACUUCACAGAUUCCAGGCUCACCACGAUCAGAUCCUUUCCAAACUCCUCCCCAAGCUGAAGAAACACAUGGACAGGGAGCAGAUGUCGGCGGGGAUCUACUGCACCAAAUGGUUCAUGCAGUGUUUCAUCGACAGGACGCCGUUCACACUGACCCUACGGCUCUGGGACAUUUUCAUCCUGGAGGGAGAGAGACUCCUCACUGCCAUGUCCUACACCAUCCUGAAGAUAAACAAGAGUAAAGCAGAUGGAUGGAUGGAUGGAUGUAUGGAUGGAGGAUGGAUGAUGGAUGGGAAGCUGUACCUAGAGGGGGUAUCUGCCUACCCAGGGAGCCUCUGUGCCGAGCCAGACGGGGCCACCCAACCCCUCUGCAAAUUGUGGAAGGCCCGACUAGUGCCCCUCAACCCUCUGCGUCCUCCCACCCUACUAACGCCCCUCGCCAAUCGGUCAUAUGACAAACAGCCGACCGUUACGCCUGUUCACGCUCAGCCGAAAGCCAAGAGCCACUGGCCUGAGGAGCUCUCCACACAAAUCUCCACACAGCCCGACUCCAUAUCCUCUCUCCUUCUCUUCUCUAUCUCUCCAGACCAGAGCCCCUCCAAGGACCCCAGGGACCUGGAAGCUGUGGAGCAGCUGGGGGCCCCGCUGCCCUCUCCUGAUCCCAUCAUCAUCCACAGCCAGGGGCCCCUCACUCCUGAUGACUCCCCGCUGAUGGGGCCACCGCCUUACCAGCCCCCAGUGAGCCCAGAAAACCUCUCCAUCCACCACUGCCUGAGACCCGCCUCAGCCCAGAGGGAUCCAGGCUACUUCCAACCCUGA